AUGGUGGCCCAGCCUGUCUUACGGGUACCACACAGUUUCUGUGGUCCCCACAGUGCGAACUUGUUCCCAACCCUCUCCAAGCCCCUGUUCCCCACUGCAGUGUCAGUGCAGAACCUGCACCUCUGCGAGGGCUAUGUGGGCCCUGAUGGCCACUCCCAUCCCGGCUUCUACUGCCCGCGGCUGACUGACCCUCCUGGCCACCGCUACUGUUGCCAGCCUAGCCUGGACGCUCUCAAGUCCUGCUGCUCUCAACGGGCUCUGGAAGCCCUUACUGGAGUGAACCUCUCCAGCUUGGCCAGCCCUGAUCUACUCCGGAACCCGCUGGCUCUGCCCUUCGUGGGGCUCUAUGGGCUUCUUGUCCUCCUGCUUAUGGCCAUCGACCUCUGCCACUUCUACCGGACCCGACGCUGCCACCUCAGCCGCCUCCUGCCCCGUGCCUGCCGCAUGCCCUGUGGACGCCGGCGGGGGAGUGUGGCCGGCACCCGUCCUUCCCGCGGUGUCCACAGACUGACGCGCCCCAGCCAGGGCUGCUGAGGGGCUGCCACGGGCACAGCGGGGAGUGUAGACAUUUUAGGGAGGCAUUUACACCCGGGGUGCAGCGGGACACGGGGAG